AUGCGCCGCGUGCACCACCUGGAAUUCCAAGCUGUCAGUCAUCACAAACUCCCCGACAUCCCCCAGCAGACCACCCUCGGAUCCGACGAGAAGGACCUUGAUUUUUUUCAGCAAAAACUGAAUCAACCCAAUCGGCGACAGCGGACUCUGUCGGGCCCUGAAGAGAAAUUCCCUCAUCCACCCCAACCAUCCGCCCCGGUUGGAGACCUUGACGAAGACGACACCGACGAGGAGGAUGAGACCGGCGCAACGCGUGUGGUUCGCGAAGAAGACAUCAGCAUCCUCCGUAAUCAUGUGCAAAAGCAAGCCGAGGAGAUCAGCUUCCAGAAGGAUAUCAUAGCGCAGUUUCGCAACGAGUUGCAGAAGCAGGAGGAGCGCACUCGCCGUGCGCUCACCAAGGUCGAAAACGAGGAUGUCGUUCUGCUCGAACGGGAGCUCCGGAAGCACCAGCAGGCCAAUGAGGCCUUCCAAAAAGCCUUGCGAGAAAUCGGCGGCAUCAUCACGCAAGUCGCCAACGGUGAUCUCUCCAUGAAGGUCCAGAUCCACCCCUUGGAGAUGGACCCGGAAAUUGUUACGUUCAAACGUACGAUCAACACCAUGAUGGACCAACUGCAAGUCUUUGGUAGCGAAGUGUCUCGAGUCGCUCGCGAGGUCGGAACGGAGGGUAUACUCGGCGGUCAAGCUCAAAUUACUGGUGUCCACGGUAUCUGGAAGGAGCUCACGGAGAACGUCAAUAUCGUGGCCAAGAACCUGACGGAUCAGGUGCGAGAAAUUGCGGUUGUCACAACUGCUGUCGCCCACGGUGAUCUGAGUCAGAAGAUCGAAAGUCGCGCUCAAGGUGAAAUUUUGGAACUGCAACAGACGAUCAAUACCAUGGUGGAUCAACUCGGGACAUUCGCUACGGAAGUCACACGAGUCGCGCGCGAUGUCGGUACGGAAGGUGUACUGGGAGGUCAAGCUCAAAUUGAAGGUGUCCAAGGCAUGUGGAACGAACUUACGGUCAAUGUCAACGCGAUGGCCAAUAAUCUAACCACGCAAGUGCGUGAUCUCGCCACUGUCACCAAAGCCGUCGCCAAGGGUGACCUGACGCAGAAGGUGCAAGCUAACUGCCGAGGAGAAAUUGCCGAGCUAAAGAAUAUCAUCAAUUCCAUGGUGGACCAACUACGCCAGUUCGCGCAGGAAGUCACCAAGAUCGCCAAGGAGGUCGGUACCGAUGGUGUACUAGGUGGCCAGGCCACCGUGAAUGAUGUGGAAGGCACAUAG